AUGCCCGAAGGCAAUCCCCCGUCUGCUGUUCAAGGUGCGGAGCAUCACCCUUCUAAUACUCCUGCUGAGCUGACCCCCGACGCAGGCACGAAGUCGAAGAAGAACAAAAAGAAGGGCGCAAAGGCCAAGGACAACGCCCAACAGCCCGAGGACCAGCGACCCAAUACCGCCGAGGCCGGAAAUGAUGCGACUCAUGACGAGACCGAUGCCGCAGACGACGAGGUAGCGAAGCCUCACGACGACGGCGACGGCGACGGCGACGGCGACAACCCCGACACGACCGCCAGCAGUAUUCCAAGCCGACCGGCUGAUAACCAGCAACUGAGCAGUGAUGGAAUUACAGAACCCGAAGGCCCCGCAUCGAACGGGAACGACGCGGAGCCCAAAGACCGGUUCGACGCCCUGGUGCGGGAUCGAGACUCAUUACGUGCCGAAGUGACCGAUAUGCGGAAAUCGCUGGAGGAAAUCCAAUUAAAACACCGGGCGGAGAUGGAGGCGCUGCAGCAGAGAUUGGACGAUACCGAGACAAAGAAGGAGCAGGCAGAAACGCAAUUCCAGAAACUUAUGGAACGAGUGAAUGCAAUCAAAUCUCAGCUAGGAGAACGACUCAAGGAGGACGAGGAAGAAUUGGCCCUAGCGCGCUCCCAGAUUGAGGAACUGGAAGACGAGAACUCAAACCUCAAGUCCCAGAUCGAAUCGAAGUCGACGGAAUUAGUCUCGCUAUCGGAAGAAUCUGCCGAGAAGUCAAAAGAAAUCGCAACACUGCGCGACCGAACAAACCUGUCACAGCAGAACUGGCUUAAGGAGAAAGAUGAGCUGAUGGAGCAGGAGUCUUAUCUUCAAUCCGAGUUCGAGCAAGCGAAGGAGGCCAUGCACAACUGGGAAGUCCUUGCCAUGGAGGAGCGAUCAAUCCGCGAGAAUCUGGGCGAGAAAGUAGCAGAUCUCGAGGAGCAACUGGGUAAUCUACGCGACGCUUACGAGAAAGCCGUCAGUGACCGAGACAGCCAACAAUCCACGGUUGAUGGCCUUCAGCGAGCCCUGCAGGAGAUCCAAACGGCUCGGAAGCAAGAACUUCGGGAGCUCGUGGAGAGCUCUGAUUCACAGCUCGAGGAGUUGAGACGAUCUCUCCGCGAAGCACAACAGCAAGCCACGGACGCAGAUAAGAAUCUCCAGACAGCACAGGAGGAAUUAGAACGAGUUCGACCGUUUGAAAAGGAGGUCAAAGAGAAGAACCUCUUGAUUGGAAAGCUUCGACAUGAAGCCGUCACACUGAACGACCAUCUGACGAAGGCAUUGCGUUUCUUGAAGAAGGGAAAGCCUGAAGAUAAUGUGGAUCGACAUAUUGUAACAAACCACCUUCUACAUUUCCUUUCACUGGAUAGGUCAGACCCGAAGAAAUUCCAGAUCCUGCAGCUAAUUGCAGCUCUUCUGGGUUGGGAUGAUGAGCAACGAGAAAAAGCGGGUCUCGCACGACCAGGUACUUCGAGUAUGCCAGGAAAACUGCGUGUGCCCGGGACUCCUCUUCGCACCCCAAGCACGCCGAACCUAGCCACCGAAUUUAUGGACAACGGGGCAUCGAGCAAGGAAACUUUGGCGGAACUGUGGUCAAACUUUCUAGAGCAAGAAGCCGAGGCAGGCAAGCUCAACGCAAUGCGACGAGGAAGUCACCCGGGGCCGCAGUCAUAG